ACCAACUGGUUUGUGUCAAGUCGAGGCAGACGGAUGUGAUCGAGCUGAAAAUCACCUGUAUUUUGGCAUUCAUGGUGACACAUCCAUGGGCUCAGAGCGGCUGGAGAUGCGUAAAAGACAGAUGCAGGUUCAUCAGGAAGCAGCUGCCAGUGUCCUCCAAGCGCGCCACAAGAUGGGGAACACCCCCACCAACGCCUCAAACGCCUGCUGCUUCUGCUGGUGCUGCUGCUGUAGCUGCUCCUGUUUGACUGUUAGGAGUGAAGAUGAAACCAUUCAGAGAUCUACAUUUGAGCCCAGGCCAGACGGAAACACUAAUUGUGAAGAAAGCCUGAAGCCCACUCUGGAGGACGCUCGCUCCUGGGCAGUGUCGUUUGAAAGGGUGAUGAAAAGCGCAGCUGGCCGGAGCUGCUUCAGGCAGUUCCUGAGGACGGAGUUCAGCGAGGAGAACAUGAUGUUCUGGCUCGCCUGCGAAGAGCUCAAAAAAGAGACCAACAAGACUGUGGUGGAGGAGAAAGUCCGGCAAAUAUACGAGGACUUCAUCUCCAUUCUUUCCCCUAAAGAGGUGAGCUUGGAUUCUCGCGUUCGAGAAGUGAUAAACCGCAACAUGCUGGAGCCGACCUCGCACACGUUCGAGGACGCUCAGCAGCAGAUCUACACGCUGAUGCAGAGAGACUCGUACCCUCGCUUCAUCAACUCGYCUGCGUACACGGAUCUGAUGAAGAGCCUGGAGGAGCCGCCUCCUUCUGAGCCAUAGACUCUCCACUGCCACACACUUCGCUUUCUGGCGCAUGCAUCCCACACAGAUUUUAAAAAAAGAAAAAGGAGUUUUGUGUUGGAGUACUGCUAUUUAAAAAGACAGGAAAAUGAACACUCCUUUAAGGCAGUCUUUAGCCAGUUGCUAAGUGCUGUUUAUUUACCCAUGAUUAGCUUACCAAAACCCUCAGAGCAACCAAGAACAAAGCUAGGUUCAGCAUCAGUUACUGUAUUUGUUAAAAAAAUAAUAUUAAAAAAAAAA